AUGGAGAAAUACGAAAAUAUCAAACAAGUAGGAGAGGGAGCGUUCGGGCAGGUUUACAAGUCCAGAAGAACAUCUGAUGGGGCAGUGUUUGCAAUAAAAAAGAUGCCAGUGGACAGAGAGACCGGCUUUCCAUUUACAGCCAUACGGGAGAUAAAGUUGUGCAAGAGCGUAAUUAAUAAGCACAUAAUAGGGCUUGACGAAAUUGUGUUCGAGGAGGGCUUCAUAUUUGUUGUACUUGAAUACAUGCCAUAUGAUCUGACGGGGCUUCUUGCAUCUGGCGCCAAGCUCAGCACCGACCAGAUAAGAUCGAUCACAUCGCAACUCAUAGAGGCUGUGAGCUCCAUGCACGGGAUGGGGCUGGUUCAUCGAGACAUAAAGCCCAGCAAUAUCCUGCUAGACUGCCACGGGAUGCUGAAGCUCACGGACUUUGGGCUGACCAGAGAGAUAUCGGGGAUGAUGACGAACAGAGUUUGCACACUCUGGUACAGGGCGCCUGAGCUAUUGCUUGGAGAAACAUCCUACAGCCUUAAGGUGGAUGCGUGGUCUGUUGGGUGCAUAAUGCUAGAAAUGAGGCUUGGGAGACCGCCAUAUAGAGGAAGCGAUGAAGUAUCGCAGAUAAAGCUGAUCUUCGAGGAGCUAGGCAUACCUCAGGACAAAUACAAGUGGUCUGACCUGCUUGACGUUGAUAUUUACUCCAAGAGCAGGAGUACCGAGGAAAUAAUUGCCGAGAGAUACGGACAUCUGUUUGACGAGGAAGAGCUAAAGGUUCUUUCUGGAUUUCUUUGCCUAACCAGUAGGAAGAGGUUGUCUGUGGCCAAUUCUAGGUAUUUCACCGUCAUCUCAAGCCACAAAAACACCUAUAUCCCACUGAGCUUUGAGGAAGCUCACGAGCUGUACACAAAGGAAAGGAAAGAAACGAAAAAGCCUUGA